UGUUUCCGUCAGCUGCCCUCCCACGGGUGCUAGUGGUUGACUGGCGGCCUAUUUCCGCUUCGCCACAUUCGGAUAUGCGCCUGGAUUUUCUUGUUUUGGAAACAGCGCGGCUUACCAGCCGCCGUUCUCUGACGUACCAGACGUCUUAUCCAUUAGCCCAUGGUACGGCAAUUUACCGCUGCUGCAUGCAAACGUGGACUGAACGCGUUGCACUCCCAGUUUCGCCCCUGCUUGGACCGGUGGGGAGCAAGGAGAAUCACCAUGGCGUUACAGGAGAUGUUCAGAUGCCCUCCUUGCCGAUCCGUCUAAUUGCUUGGAGUUGGCUAUCCAAUGCUGAUUCGGCAUGCACCGCAAAUGUCAGCUGUUGCAGUACCACUGUCAUAGCGGCGGAUCCGCCUUUUGUCUGACUCAUUUUGGCGAGAGCGAUGGAGGUGUAUCUUUGAAGCCCAGCUGUGAUGCUGUGGGCUUAAAGAAAAAGGUCCAUUCUUUGAAGCGCACAGCUGCAAGCUGCUGAAGAACCAUUCCAACAACCUACUCCCGAUAAGCAGUCGGAAUGAAGAUUCCGCCCUGUUGCCGAGGAGCCAGCCCCUGAAUAUAUAUCCCAUAGUACACUAGCAGCUUCUAUGGAUGAUACCUAUGUGCC